UACGAAGAGGAGAAAACCUAUGGUGACUGUAAAAGCCCUGAUGUCAUGUAUGUCAAAUUGAUAUCUUCUAAUGGUCAUGUAUUUAUUGUAAAAAGAGAACAUGUCCUAAGAUUAGGAACACUAAAAGCCAUGUUGAGUGGCCCAGGUCAGUUUAUCCCUUUACACACCAAUGAGGUCAAUUUUAGAGAGAUCCCUUCACACGUGCUAUCAAAAGUAUGCAUGCAUUUUACCCACAAGGUUUGCUACACUAACAGUUCCAUGAAAAUUCCUGAAUUCCCAAUUGCACCUGAAAUUGCAUUGGAACUGCUGAUGGCUGCAAACUUCCUAGAUUGUUAA